AUGUUUUUCAAUUUUCUUUUAGAAAAUACCAAGGGAACAUCUGCGGAAGUGCAACAGCAACCGCAGGCGCUGUUGCAAGCACUCCCCCAACAGCAACAGGAAAUGGAACCGGAGUUGCAACAACAACUGGAGCCGCAGUUGCAACUCCAGCCCCAGCCGGAACUGCAACUGGGACUUCCGCCGCAGCAGCUGCAGCAGCCGCAGCAACCACAGCUGCAAUAUAACGUAUCUCAACAGCCGCAGAUAUCGCUGCGUCUGCAGCAACCACCGCAGCUGCUGCCGUUGUCCCAGUUGCAACAACAAAUGCAGCAUCUGCACUUGCAGCAAAGUCAGAGACCUCAACGGACCCCGUUGUUGCGACUGCAGCAGCAAGUUCAGCAGCAGCACUCGCGGGAGAUCAAAGAGCUGCGAUCGCAUCUGCAUCUGCACCAUCUGCACCAGCAACUACCGCAGCAGCAGCAGCAACUGCAAGACCAGCAGUAA